AAAUUGUUUUAUUAUCAGCUCUCAUUUGUCAAACGUAAAACCCAGAAAAAGGGCAAGUUGCUUCUUUUUUCUUGUCCAAUAGUUCCUUUGUUUGUUCAAAAACAUAUUCUUUUUUAAGGUUGAAACAAGUUUAAGCUUAAGGGAAAAUGGCAUUCACGGGAACUUUGGACAAAUGCAAGGCUUGUGAUAAGACUGUCCAUGUGGUUGAUAUGAUGACUCUUGAAGGAGUUCCUUACCAUAAAACUUGUUUCAAAUGCAGCCAUUGCAAGGGAAACCUUGUGAUGAACACCUACUCCUCCAUGGAUGGAGUCCUGUAUUGCAAGCCUCAUUUUGAGCAACUAUUUAAGGAAUCUGGCAAUUUCAGCAAGAAUUUUCAAACAGCGAAGACCGAGAAGCAAAAUGACACGUCGAGGACUCCCAACAAACUCUCAUCCUUAUUCUCUGGAACCCAAGAUAAAUGUGCUGCUUGCGAGAAAACGGUGUACCCAUUAGAAAAGAUUACAAUGGAAGGGGAAUGCUUUCAUAAAACAUGCUUUAGGUGCGCUCAUGGAGGGUGCCCUUUGACACACUCAUCCUAUGCGGCUUUGAAUGGUAUCCUCUACUGCAAGCAUCAUUUCGCUCAACUUUUCAUGGUGAAAGGGAACUACAACCAUGUCCUCCAGUCUGCUACACAUAGGAGGAACACCUCCACUGCAUCAUCCACGGACUUUGCUGAAAACCAAGCUGACCUCGAAACUGCAGCGGCUAAUCAAGAUGACAAUGAAGAACAGUCAUAAUUUUAAAGAAUAUUGAAAACAAUAAACUUUAGCAAUUAUCGAUCCAUUGGAUGAUUCACUGACUGGUUCUUCAUAAAAUUCCCUUAUAUGAUCUCUUCUUAGAGCUUUUGCAAUUGUACCAGUUUGAUUGGCUUGCAGAUCAUGUCGAAAUUAACAUUAAAUUCUUGUCUGAUUGCUCA